CAGGAGGCUUGUUUCCCUCCUGUAAGGACGACCAGCAGCACCAAAAUAUCUCUGCAAUGCCAGGACGGCAACAUGCCUGUGGAAGUGUGUUAAGAAUAGACCCACAAUGGGGCUCGCUCCCGUCUUCUGUUGUCUGAGGACGGGCAGUUGUCUGCAGGACAGAGCGGAAGAGGUCAUUUACUCAGACGUUCAGAGACUUUUGCAGACUCAAAUGGAUCUGAGUGGAUUUUUUUCUGCUGAAAUGGAGAAAACACUCUUUUAUAAAGAGAGUGAGAGAGUGUGAGUGCUGAGAGGACACUGUGUCCACCAACCUGGAGGUUAUUGUGCUGCAUGAAUCUGUUUGGCCUUUCUGUAGGAAGGUCAGAGAAAACGCUGGAUUGGGACUCAGGUUCAGGGUGAGCUUGAGGCCUGGAACUAGAAGACUGGAAGAUUUUGGAAGGCCUUGAGCACAGUAAGCAUGGCUGGAUCAAAUGCCUCAGAGGUCAUCUUUAUCUCUGUCAACCACAGCAUCACUUUGAUGGGUAAGUACCUUUUGUUUGGAGUUACACUUGGACUGAAACAUGUUUAUGAUAGAGUUACUGUGACUGAGUUUUCCUGGAAACAUUUCACCUGUUCAUGUCAUGCAUUGUUAACUAUAGUUGUCCCCCUGGCAUUGAAAUGAUUUCACCUGGUGUAAACUUGUAAACAGCUGUGUUGUGUUACUGAAUUUGGUCCCAAUUUGAAUUCCUAUGUUAAAUCAGCACAUUUUUUAGACUGUUGUACUUAUUUCUAGGAAAAGUUUGGCUCAUUGUGAUGAUCCUUCUCCGUAUCGUCGUCCUCCUCUUGGCUGGUUAUCCUCUCUACCAAGACGAGCAGGAGAGGUUUGUCUGUAACACCAUCCAGCCAGGCUGUGCCAAUGUCUGCUAUGAUCUCUUCUCUCCCAUCUCCCUUUUCCGGUUCUGGUUGGUGCAACUCGUCUCCUUGUGUCUUCCCUACAUCAUCUUCAUUAUCUAUGUGGUCCACAAGGUUUUGAACAGCCUAACUGUGGAUCUUGUUCCUGAGGGGCAGCUCAAAGCUUUGCCACUCUUAAAGAUCCACCACGAGUCAUUCAGAAAGAUGUCUGGAAACAAGAUGCCUCGGGUGGUAGAGCGAGGGAUGAUUCAAUGUUUCACAGGUGCCUACAUUCUCCACCUGAUGUUCAGAACAGCGCUGGAAGCAGCUUUUGGGGCGGCUCACUACUACCUGUUUGGUUUUUACAUCCCAAGGAGGUUCCUCUGCCAGCACCCACCUUGCACCACCCAGGUGGACUGUUACAUCUCAAGACCCACUGAGAAGACAGUGAUGCUAAACUUCAUGCUUGGAGUAACUGCUCUGUCUCUUUUUCUAAACGGGCUGGAUUUUAUCUGUGCGGUCAAACACUCAGUAGAACAGAAGAGCAAGAGGAAGAUGGUGGUGGAGAAGAUUUAUGAAGAGGAGCAGUGUUUCCUUUCUGCUGGAGGAACCUCCAGAGGAGUGGACCCAAAUGUCUCCUUACCUCAGUCAGAUGUGGAGGCAGAGGCUGGCCAGACAGGGAAUUUCAGAAAGAGGCAAGGCAGUAAGAGCUCUUUUGUGGGGGAAACGCUUUCUUCAGGGCAGGAACCUUUAUCAACAAGUUCUCCUGGACCACUAGGCUGCAAUACGAAUGGGAAUAAUGGCUACUCUGUUCCUCAAGGUGAGGCACUGGACAGGGAUGACAGUGAGUUGGCUCUUUGCCCUCCAGAGCCUAUGGGUACUCCACGAUCAAUCCGUAUCAGCAAACGCAAUCGGCUUAAACCACCUCCUCCACCUCGACGGGACCUUGGUUCAUCUCAUAAAGGAUCAAAACCUCCAACAGGGGAUGUAACCAUAACAACCUGUACCAGAAGAGUUGGUCAGUACUCACUGGUUGAACUGGGGAGCAGCCCAGAAAUACAGACCAAUGAAGACAUGCAGGAAAAGAGGUCAGAGUGGGUAUGACCAGAGGAACUGGUUCAUUUAUCACCAG